AUGUCAUAUUUAUAUUCCGACCCUCCUGAAUUCCUCCCGAUUCCUGAACCCAGCAAGCCCUACCAAGGGAGAAAGAAUGUCCCCUGGGGGACCACAGAUGAUGACCCGGUUGAUCUGCCUGAAUUUGAACCUUUUGAAAGGGCUCUUCUUCCUCGUGGACCACUGGAUAAGGACGAUAAAUUGGUAGUGAAGAGUGUGGAAUUGCACAAGGACAAGAACAAAGCAGCACAUCGGACCAACUCCUUUAAACAUAAGGCCCUCAUCAUACGGCGGGGUCAGGAGUUCACCCUGACUGUCACCUUCGACCGUGCGUACACUCCAACAGAUAAGGUCAUCUUGGAGUUUACAAUUGGUGAUAACUUCCUCUCUGACAAGGAGACUUACAUCGCGCUGGAUCUAGGAGCCAGUACUGGGAAUAAGUGGGAAACCAAGAACACUGUGAAGGGUAACGCAGUAACUGUGGACAUAAAACCUAUAGCAGACUGCAUUGUGGGAAAGUAUGUGAUGAAUGUGAUCGUGGUGACGCCUUUGGGAAAAUUUCGGACAAAGAGAAACCGCAAGACAGACUUUUACAUCCUGUUCAAUGCAUGGUGCCCGGAGGAUGACGUCUUCUUAAAUAACGAGAGUCAGAGGAAAGAGUACGUUCUCAAUGAACAGGGAGUAAUCUACAAUGGAGAAACUCAGAAUGUGGCCCAGAGGCCAUGGAACUAUGGACAGCACAAACGUGGUGUUCUGGAGGCCUGUUUCUUUGUCCUGAACUCAACUGACAUGCCGCUGGAUAACAGAAGAUAUGCUGCUAAUGUAGCCCGGAGGGGAUCUGCAAUUAUCAACUCUCAGGAUGAAGACGGGGUGUUGGUGGGUAACUGGAGUAAUGACUAUGACAAGGGCACAUCGCCCACUUCCUGGACUGGCAGCGCAGAGAUCCUUCUGCAGUACCACCACCAGAAUGGCGUUCCUGUGAAAUUUGCACAGUGUUGGGUGUUCGCUGGUGUGUUGAAUACCUUUUUUCGGUGUCUGGGGAUCCCAUCCAGGGUGAUCACCAACUUCAACUCUGCCCAUGACAACGAUGGAAAUUUAAAGACUGAUAUCUAUGUGAAGAAAAAUGGGAAGCUGGACAGGCGCCGUACUCGAGACUCAGUGUGGAAUUACCACUGCUGGAAUGAGGUCUGGACCACAAGGAGGGACUUGCCUGAAAGUUGGAAUGCUGCGGGCUGGCAGGUGGUGGAUGCCACACCUCAAGAAACCAGUGACGGACAAUUUCGAUGUGGCCCAACCUCUGUUAAAGCCAUCAAAGAGGGAGAAGUGUGUUUGCCUUUUGAUGGCUCGUUUGUAUUUGCAGAGGUGAACAGUAAUGUAGUAUUCCACAGCACCAACAAGUUAGGACAGUCGGAGAUAAUACGAAUGGACACGACCUAUGUAGGGACGAAGAUUUUUACAAAAGAAGUAGGUUCAAAUGGGGCUGAAGACAUCACACUUACCUACAAAAAUCAAGAGGGAAGUGCCUCUGAUCGUGCAGCCAUGGAACGGGCAGAAAGCUUAGGUUGUGUAGGAUCCCGUUCUACCCUCAAGCCAUCUAAUGUGACGAUUGAGAUGGUGGUACCUACUGUGCAGCUGGAACAAGACUUCAACCUGCUCCUUAAAGUUAAGAACACAAGCACGGAAAAGCAGACUGUUCAACUGACUACAACCUGCAGUGUCACCUACUACACCGGGGUCAGAAGUGGCAUCUUCAAGGAGGACGGACAGACUCUCUCUCUAGAGCCAUCAAGCACUGAACAGGUGACCAUCGAGAUCCUGGCAAAGGAGUAUAUGGAGUUUAUGGUGGACCAAGGCAGCAUCAGCUUCACCUGUGUGGGCAAAAUCCAAGAAAACAGCCAGGCUGUGACAGCAGCUAGAGUGUUGUUUAUGAAAUAUUCCUAA